CCCUUGGCCAGCGAAAGAAUUUCCUCUGAAUGCGCGUCGCUCUCUCUCUCUGAGGAAAUUAUUUUGUUAUUUGGGAAAGAAGGGACGACGACGCUUCUCAUCAAGAUUUUUCCCUCUCUCUCUCUUACAAGCCCUUCUCUCCUUUCCUCUUCUCACACUUUCAUCUCCCCACCGACCUCUCCUACCUCAAGGUCCAUCCACGCUCUUUCACUGUAACGACUAGCGGUCUCUUUCCCUGUAGAAGAGCCGAUCCGAAAAGAGAGAGAGAGAGAAGAACCACCACCACCGCGAUAGACAAAAAGGAGGAAACAGCAAUCUUUGCCCUCAUCGUGUGUGAACCUGUAAUACAUUCACGACAUUCAUCCACGACCAAUACCACGCUUCAAAAUGGAUCCCGCAGUCAUUCAAGGCAUUCACCAGUGUCUCGAGGCCAUCUUGUCCCCGGAUACCAACCAGAUCAAGGCUGCCACUGCCGAGCUCAACACUAAAUACUACAAGAACGCGGAAUGUAUCCCCGCUUUGUACGAGGCCGCCGCUUCGUCCCCCAACCAGGGUGUCAGGCAACUCGCCGCUACCGAAUUGAGGAAGCGAGUGUUUGCCAAAGACUUCAAGCUCUGGGAGACGAUCCCUGUCGAGUUUAGGCAGAGGAUCAAGUCGGGCUUGCUCGAGCGUUUGUUGAACGAGGAGACUAAGAUUGUCCGACACGGUAUCGCUCGGGCCAUCGCUGCCAUUGGUGACCACGAUCUUUACACCCCCUCGGGCGCACCUUCAUCAUCGACCACGCCAUCUUCCAACCAAUGGCCGGAACUCAUCCCGUUCCUCACCCAGACGUGUCAAUCAGCCAACGCCACUCACCGAGAGGCGGCCAUUUUCGUGCUGUACACCGUCCUGGACACGGUCAGGGACAACUUUAUCAACGACAUGAUGACUGGCAUGUUCCAAAUCUUUGGGACGACCUUGGCCGACCAGGACGCCGACGUCAGGUUGAUCACCCUCCGAGCGCUUGGCAAGAUUGCCGAGUACAUCGAGAGCGAUCAGAAGGAUUUGGUCAAACAAUACCAAGCUCUCAUGCCCCACAUGUUGCAGGUACUGCAACAAAUCCUUGUCGCUGACGAGGUCGAGGGUGCCAAGCAGGCUUUCGAUGUCUUCGAGACGUGCUUGAUCCUCGAGACCCCCUUGAUCUCGAAGAACCUGAAGGAAUACGUCGAGAUCUGUCUCGCCAUUGCUGGCAAGUCGGACGCCGAGGAGGACAUCAGGAACGCUGCUCUCAACAGCUUGAGCUGGACGAUUCAGUACAAAAAGGGGAAGGUCCAGUCGUUGGGACUCGCCGGUGUCAUCAUCGAGCGAUUGUUGCCCAUCGGUUGCGAGGAGGACCACGAUGAUGAUGACGACGACUACCCGUCGAAGUUGGCCUUCCGAACGCUCGACGAGCUCGCCAAGGCUCUCCCGCCCCAGCAGGUCUUCCCUGUCCUGUCUGCUCAGUUGCAGACUUACAUGGCUUCGGAGAACCCGGCGAUGCGAAAAUCUGCGCUGAUGGCCUUCGGUGUCACCGUCGAGGGGUGCAGCGAGUUUAUUCGGCCUCACGUCAACCAGCUCUGGCCCUUGAUUGACAGCGGUCUUACCGACGCUCAGCCUACCGUGCGAAAGGCCGGUUGUAUCGCUCUUGCGUGCAUGUGCGAGUGGUUGCAGGAGGAAUGCGCCGAUAGGCACGAACACCUCGUACCCGCCUUGUUUGCCUUGGUCGAGGACUCCAACACCCAGAGGGCCGCCACCGCUGCGCUCGAGGCUUACCUUGAGAUCUUGGGAGACAACAUUGCCAGCUACUUGACCUUGUUGAUGGAAAAGUUUGUCGGCCUGCUCGACACUGCUCCUGUCCCCGUCAAGAUCACCGUAACCGGUGCCAUCGGUUCCGCCGCGUUCGCCUCCAAGGAGGGUUUCCAGCCUUACUUCCUCGAGACCACCAAGCGAAUCGUUCCCUUCUUGCUCCUUCAGGGAGAGGGUGAGGAGUCGACGUUGCGAGGCGUCGCCAUUGACACGCUCGGAACGUUUGCCGAGGUUGUCGGCCGAGACGUCUUCAGGCCUCACUUGCACGACUUGAUGCAGUACGCCAUCAACGGGCUUCAGUCCGAGAGCGCCAGAAUGAAGGAGAGCGCGUUAAUGUUCUUUGGAACCAUGGCUGGCGUCUUCGAGCAGGAGUUUGCCCCUUACCUCGCUCAGACCGUGCCCGCGCUUAUUGAGAGCUGCAAGCAGAGCGAGGCCGACCAAUUCAACGAUGCCGAUGGCAAGACCGACCAGGCCACCGUCCAGCAGGCCAUUGCCGCGUUCAACACAGGUACCGCUUCCGGUAGCGUCUCGCUUGAGGGAGGUGACGAGAGCGACGAUGACGACGAGUUCGAGGACAUUGACGGGUUGAUGAACAUCAACAGCGAGGUCGCCAUCGAAAAGGAGAUCUCUGCCGAGGUACUCGGUCAGAUCUUUGAGGCCACUCGAGAGGCCUUCUUGCCCUUCCUCGACGGGUCCAUCCAGGCCUUGCUGCGUCUCUUGAUGCACUACUAUGAGGGCAUCAGGAAGGCUGCCGUCAACGCCUUGUUCACCACCAUCAAGACGUUUUAUGAAAUGUCCGACCCUGUUGACUGGCAGGAGGGUAACCAAAUCGUUCCUUUCCACAGCCAGGUCGCUCAGCUUGUUGACAUGAUCUUCCCCGCCAUCAUGGAGAUGUGGGAGACCGAAGACGACCAGCAGGUCAACAUCUUGCUCUGCUCUGCUUUGGCCGAGUGUAUCGGUACCUGCGGUCCCGCUUUGGUUGAGGGCCGUCGUGAGGCCAUUCUCGGUCACGUCCGUGCCAUUCUGGAGCAACGACACGAGUGCCAGCAGACCGGUGGAUUCGAGGACUUCGCCGAUCUCGAGACCUCCGAGUACGAGGCCGUCGUCAUCAGCAACUCGGUUGAAGUUCUCUCCGCCAUGGCUUCCGCUUACGGUCCCAGCUUCGCCGAGGAGUUUGGUAACUUCUUCCCAUUGAUUACCAAGUACUACAGCCCUGAGCGUGCUACCAACGAGCGAUCGAUGGUCGUCGGAACCUUGGGCGAAAUCAUCGUCGGCUUGAAGGGUGGCAUCACUCCUUUCACUCAAAACAUUUUGGCCUUGCUGUCAAAGGCUUUGCAAGACAGCGAGGCCGAGGUUCGAUCGAACGCCGCCUUUGCUGCUGGUGCCUUGAUCGAGUGGUCCGACCUCGACCUUAGCUCGCAUUUCAGCGAGUUGAUGCAGGUGUUGCAUGGCUACUUCAACGUAACCGCCGAGACUCCCAAAGACCAGCUCAACGCAAAGGACAAUGCCGUCGGCUGUGUCGCUAGGAUGAUCGUCAAGAAUCCCACAGCCAUGCCUCUCGAUGCUGUCUUGCCCAUCUUCUUCAGCGGUCUGCCCUUGAAGAACGACCCCAUCGAGAACAAGCCUGCGUUCCGAGCAAUUUUCUACCUGUUCGAGAACCAGUCUCAACUCGUCCUGCCUCACAUCGAUCACCUCCUCUCCGUCUUUGCCUACGUGCUCGAUCCCUCGAGAACUGGCGAGAUCUCCGUCGAGACCAAGGCUCGUCUUGAUCAACUUCUUCAGGCUCUGCGACAACAGAUGCCCGACAAGGUGUCCCAGGCCGGUCUCUAGAGGUCGGAUGGAACCUUCUCAAAAUAACGACCAUCAGCAGUACUUUUUGGGCCUCUAGAUGUGUGUGACACGAUUUGACGAUUGUACCCUUUGUGCAGAGAGCACUUUGCCAUGACCCAAGCCUUUUGUAGAGUUAUAAUUAUCGAAGCGCUCGAUAACAUUUGCCAUCUUGCAUCUUGAAAUCAUAUCGGUCUAUUACGCGGCAUCUAUCGGUAACGGCGGGACCGUAUCUGACCUCCAC